GCUCAGGUAGAGGAGCGCAUCACACUCAGUCAGAGGGAGAGGGAGCGCAGCACGGAGAGAGAGAUAUUUAUAGCCUGAAGCGAGGCUGCAGCACAGAGAAAAGGCUUGGGACCAAGCCGCAGGCAGGCGCUCAGACAGACACGGCUUAGGGAAAAUAGGACACGACAAAAUGAAAACGUUUCUCGCUGUGCUUUUAUUCGGGGUUGCGGCGGUCGCCCUGGUCAGCUCUGAGGGGGAGAUCUCCUUCGAGUACCACCGUUAUGAGGAGCUGCGGAAGGCGCUGGUGUCGGUGUGGCUGCAGUGCCCGACCAUCACCCGCAUCUACACCAUCGGGGAGAGCUUCGAGGGCCGCGAGCUGCUGGUGCUGGAGAUGUCCGAUAACCCUGGAACGCACGAGCCUGGUGAGCCUGAGUUUAAAUACAUCGCCAACAUGCACGGAAACGAGGCUGUGGGCAGAGAGCUGCUAAUCUACCUGGCUCAGUACCUGUGCAACCAGUACCAGCAGGGCAACGAGACCAUCAUCGACCUCAUCCACAAUACCCGCAUCCAUCUCAUGCCAUCCAUGAACCCAGACGGCUUUGAGAAGGCCGCCUCACAGCCCGGAGAGAUCAAGGACUGGUUUGUGGGCCGCAGUAACGCACAGGGGGUAGACCUGAACCGUAACUUCCCCGAUCUGGACCGCAUCAUCUACAUCAAUGAGAGGGAGGGCGGAGCUAACAACCACCUGCUGCAGAACAUGAAGAAGGCUGUGGAUGAGAACAGCAAGCUGGCUCCAGAGACGAAGGCAGUGAUCCACUGGAUCAUGGACAUUCCCUUUGUCCUCUCAGCUAACCUGCAUGGAGGAGACCUGGUGGCUAACUACCCCUAUGAUGAAACCCGCACUGGCUCCAACCAUGAAUACAGCGCCAGUCCAGAUGAUGUGAUGUUCAAGUCCCUGGCAAAGGCUUACUCCAUCUACAACCCAGUCAUGUCCAACCCUAAUCGCAAACCCUGCCGUAAGAACGACGACGACUCCAGCUUCAAAGAUGGCAUCACUAACGGAGGAGCCUGGUACAGCGUGCCAGGAGGAAUGCAGGAUUUCAACUACCUCAGCAGCAACUGCUUUGAGAUCACCCUGGAGCUCAGCUGCGACAAGUUCCCCAAUGAGGACACGCUGAAGAGCUACUGGGAGCAGAACCGCAACUCACUGGUCAACUACAUUGAGCAGGUCCAUCGCGGUGUCAAGGGCUUUGUGCGUGACCUGCAGGGUAACCCCAUCUCCAACGCCACCAUCUCUGUGGAGGGGAUUGACCAUGACAUCACCACAGCCAAAGAUGGAGACUAUUGGCGCCUUCUGGCUCCUGGAAACUACAAAGUUGCAGCAUCUGCCCCAGGAUACCUGACUGUCAUCAAGAAGGUGGCUGUUCCCUACACACCUGCAACCAGGGUGGACUUUGAGCUGGAGUCUCUAAUGGAAAGGAAGGAGGAAGAGCGGGAGGAGCUGAUGGACUGGUGGAAGAUGAUGUCAGAGACACUGAACUUCUAAAUAAGCGUUUGUCCGGCUAACGACUGGGUCCAUCUGCACAUCUAUGUAAUAUAUUCAUCAUCCAGUGUGCCCGUCUGCUCUUAAAAGAAUAUAUUGUCUACUACUUGUUUUGUUCUGUUUCACUCAUUAUUUUAAUUGAUUCUGUUGUUUAUUAAUGUAACGGUUUGCCUCAUACUCCUGUAGAUCGUUUGAAUAUCCACAGACGUAUGCUGACGGACACAGGAGGAAUUUGCUGGUAGUUCUGUGGUAUUGUGUUCUUUAUUGUACAAGUGAUUGGUAAUCAUGGCACCCACCUAUAUAACCAAUGAGUGACUGAAUAAUAUGUAUGUAAAAGAGCUUUUUACUUCACUUCCACAUGGCUCUGUUCAUAUAAAAAUCACCAUUCUCCUGUUUUUAAAUGUCUCUGUUUCUCCAGGCUUUAGUGCAAGUCACACAACAAAUAAAGUGCACACACAUAACACACACCCUUUCAAUGCCCAAUGAAUUCGCACACAUUCUAUAGUUUUGAGCUAAUCAGGGACAUUAAAAACACUGUAAAAUCACUGUAAACAUUAUUGUAAACAAUCUUUACAGAUAAGCUCAUUAACCUAUAUGUUAUUGAUGUUCAGAUUUUUUUUUUAACUGACUGCGGCACAGCUUUGAGUUUAGCACAAGAUGAAUGGUUAUAAUAUAAACUGUAUUUAUGAAAUAAUAUAGCAAGAAAUAUGUGUGGUUUUUUUUGUACCUUAAAGGAAAUAAAGCUCAAAGAAAAGGCUAUGGCACCUAUAAAUCUGUCCACCUCAGUUUCCCAAAGCCAUUCCUUUGUAUGUGCACUACACAGGAAAUACUACGUUAUGGAUGGAACUGUGGUAUAUGUUGAAGUUUUUUCAAGGAUAAAUUAACUCUAAUCUUCCAAGAGUGGACCGUGUGGAUGCAGUUCAUCUGGUUCGAGACGACUAAAAGAAUUUAUUGAAUGUAUAGCUAUAGAAACAGUAACAAAUGUAAAGAAAUAAACUGAUCAAUAAAAAUUCCCUCUUUAUGUUGUCAAACUCA